GCAGGUUCAGGUUCAUAGUUUUUUUUAACAGCUCCUCAGUUUAGGACAGAUGCAGGACGGCUGGUAAAUUUGCAGAGAGAGGGGGACAUCGAAAGAGAGAGGGGAGAGAGCAGCAUCCCUAAGCAGGAAAACUCUUCUAACAUAUAACCGGGAAACCGAGGAGCUGAUGAGAUGGUGGAGUGAUGCAGAGUACGGACAUCGGGGCACAUGAUCUGAUAUUGCACUGAGGAGUGGAUGCUUUCAGCGCAUUGAAGGUUUUUCUGGUACUGAAGAAACAUGGUGGGCCUGAGAAACCGUUCCACGUGGGAACCAUUGUUGCUAAAGGCCUCAUGCAUCAAGUCCUGUGCCAAUGGAUGCUCCAUGGGCAUCACUGCACAACUCACAUACGCCAAUGCUGACACAGAGUCUGUGGAAGGUGUGUUUGUGUACCCUCUGGAGGAAAAGGAGGUCGUGGUGGGCUUUGAGGCCAUGAUUGCAGGGCGGCUGGUGGGAGUGCAGAUCCAGAGCAGAGGAAAGCUGAAGGACUGCUGUUUGGAGUGCUGCCCUAAAUCUGGUCUUGACGGAUACUACGGGAGCAGCCAGGAGUGGAGCUGCUGCUGCGGGAUGUCAGGCCUGGACAUACAAUGCACCAACGGACACCUGAUUUUGGAUGAAGACCUGGAAAGAACCACAUUCAUUGUGGGUUGUGGAGUUAUUGGCCCUAUGGACAUAGUGUCUGUGACCAUCAGCACCACACUGGAACUCCCCACUAUGGAAAACGGAGCUAUCCGUAUCGUCUACCCAACGCUGCUUACUCCGGUUGUAACCGGCCAGUUGACUGCAAGCAAAAGUGAAAAUGGAGGAAAGUCUGAGGAAACCGGAGCGACCAGCUGUUUCGGUGCUACCUCAGGGAAGCAGGAUCGGGCUGUCGACUCUGAGCAGCAGUGCUCUCAUGGCCUCUUUUCCAGUCCUGCUGUCAAUCUGGCACCGUAUGAACUCAACUUCCAGCUGCUGGUUAGAGGCGCCUGUCUGCUGGCUGGCUUGGAGAGCCCUACACAUGCUCUGAGAGCAGAUGCAGAUCCUAGUGCCCAAAGUGCAUCUGCCACCUAUAUCACUUUGGCUCAGGAGCAUCCGUACGAUAGACAUGUAGAGAUAAUAUUGCACCUCAGUGAACCUCACAGUCCAUUGGUCAUCCUGGAGAAAGGCAGACUGUCCUUCAGCCAGUAUGAACAACAGAUCUGCUCUCGCAAAGAUUACAUUCGAUACACACGCAAAGACUCAGACCCUGAGAGAAGGCUGGAGUACAUCCGUAGACGAUACCACAAAGACGUCCUCUGCAGCCCCGUGCUCAUGCUCAACUUCUGUCCUGACUUACUGUCCGAGCCUCUGGAGCUGCACAAAGCUACCAGAGAGUUGCUGUUCCUAAUCGAUCGCAGCGGCAGCAUGAGUGGCACCAACAUACGACGUGUGAAGGAAGCCAUGGCAGUGGCCCUGAAGAGUCUACCCACUGGUACGAUGAUCAACAUAGCUGGCUUUGGGACCACCAUCAAGCCUCUGUUUACCUCCAGCAAGCUCUGCACUGAUGUGACUCUAAUGCAGGCCUAUGAGUACAUCCAGAGGAUGAGAGCGGAUAUGCGCGGGACCAACCUGCAGGGGGCGCUGUCCUGGCUCUACCAGCAGCCCAUGCAGCGUUCAUAUCCACGGCAGGUCUUUAUCAUCACUGACGGCUCCAUCAGCAAUGUGGCUAAGGUGCUGGAGUUGGUUCGCAGAAACACAUGUGCUGGCAGAUGCUUUGGCCUCGGCCUCGGACCGCGGGCCUGCAGGAGGCUCCUUCAGGGAAUUGCCAAACUGACCGGAGGGACCGCAGAGUUCUUCGACGAUGAAGAACGACUCCAGCCCAAGAUAAUCAAGUCUCUAAAGAAGGCCUUUGAACCUGUUCUGACGGAUGUUCGGAUUGACUGGUACCUGCCAGAGAACAUGGAGGCCCUCCUUUCACCCAAUGAAAUUCCUCCUUUGUACCCCGGAGAUCGCCUCGUUGGAUACUGCACUCUUUAUGACAUGACAAAUUUCAAAGCAAAGAAGACGGAGUGCCAAGAAAGGGACUGCAGAGGUGUACACCGUGAUUCGGUGGGUUCUGUUUUUACCCAUUCGAAUGAUGAGCUUUCAUCUCCUCCUUCAUCUGAGCUCAUGCCUGUGGUGAUGCACUCCGACAGAACCGAGCUAGAGGAGGCUCUGAGAGAAAUCUCAAGAGAAAUUUCAUCUGAGUUCUCUUGUGCCAGAGACCCUGACCUUGGAAUAAGCCCAGGUGUGGAGCUGGAUUGGUCCAGCGAUAUAAGACGGAGGAUCCAGCAGAGCUCCUACAUUCAGGAGCAGUACGUUCUCACUCACUGCUCCCUGAGCAGCGAGAGAAGUCUUCAGACACAGACCCACGUACACAUUCAUGCCUCAAGCUCUGACUCUGCAGGUGGGGGAUUUCUUUCUGAUACCCACUCCUCUGGUCCGGUAUUGGAAACAGGGUCUUUACCACAAGGCCUUGAGAGGAUGGCCCCUCCAGAGGCAUCAUCCUUAUCUCGCUGGGCGGACCCAGCAUGGCAACAAAACCUUUCAGCGGAAACUCCUGACAAUGUUGCUAAAAAGAAUGGGCAUCUGGAUGGAGGCGAGGAGUCUCGAAGGAGACAGAAAGCAUUAGCUCGUUCCACAAUGGCAGCAAGGAGUUUUUCAUCACCACAGGGUGAACUGGAAAUGCAUCGCCUCCGGAGAGCUCUUGAGAGGGUCUCCUUUGACCAGACUCUUGGAGGACGGUUGGAUGAAAGUGAGGGAGAAACAAGGCCUUCAUCAAGAGGGACGGUUUCCCACAGAAGCCUGACUGACUCCAACGGACUCCUGUUUCCUGCUUCGCCCCUGGACUGGGACAGCCUCACUGACCCAGAAUAUCUAUUUACUGCUGCUCAGCCUGCAGAUCCUCCCCUAGGUCAGUGUCGCUCCAUCAUUCAUGGUCUGCUGAGUGGCAAACCUGUGUCCUGGGAGGUUACUGUGGACAUGGGACAUCUCUGGCCACCGGAAGACCAGGACACCACUGGAGUCAAUGAAUGUAGAAUUGGUGGGGACGAUGUAGGAAAGCCAUGGGAGGAGAUCAUUCACCACCUGACGGCUCGCUCAGUAAUAAGGGACUUCGAAAAGCUGGCAGAAAAAGAGAGCGAAACUGGACAUGGGUCAGGUAAAAGGUAUCGUAUGAAGGCUAUUCAAACAAGCAAGCACUGUAACAUCAUAUGCAUGUACACAGCCUUCACCAUUACCAAUGGCAGUACAAGCAAAGGCUUGGCAGAGAGCACAGACGUCCGAAACACAGGGAUUCAUAUGGGGAACAGGCAAACGUCUCAGUCUGGAGGUCGCAGGCAGAGGGUCUAUUCUGCCGGUCUGGGAAGACGGCGGAUCAGCGGCGAAAGUGAAGAGGCUGAAGACGCCUGGAACUUUACAGACGCAGGUGGAUUCUGUUCCAUGGCUACUGUAACAACAGGGAUGUCGUGCAAUCGUUCACAGCGAUCUAUAGAGAGCAAAUCAAUGGAGAGCUUCUUUAGCACCAGGUUCCAGCUGGGUCGACUCAGAUCCUCUAUUUCAUCCGGAAAGCAGGUUCCCCUCAAAUCUCACUGUCUAUCAGCAGAGGCCGACAAACAGCCAGAGAGCGAAACUCCAGACUACCAGCCCCUGGUGCAUUUGCAACUUGCAUCAGGGGCUUUUCUCCUGACGGCGAUGUACUCAGAGUGUGUCCAAAUCCCCCUGGACCGCCUUAAGAGAGCAUCACCUUACAGCCUUCACCGACGUAGCCUCAGCCCAGCUUUUCGCUCCACUUCUCCCAGCGCUCCCUCUUUGUCCACCUCUGCCAAGCCUCCAGGUGUUUCCACGAUUCACCAUGUCACCUUUUCUCCUUCCUCGUGCUCUCUGGCCAAACCAGCUGCUCCUCCCUUCCACCACACUCCAGUAGACAACCCUUUGAUUUUGGAGUCGAGGCUUCUGCGAAAACAUUUGUCAGAACGAGACCCGGUCACAUCUCCCCCUGAUCUCCCGAGCUCUGAGGAGGGAUCCUUGGAGCUGUCUAUUGGCCCCUCUCACAGUCAAAGCCUUGGACAAGCAGACAGCGGCCGUGGUUCAGAGACUGAUAUAUACGAGGGGACUUCAGCAGAGCUAGCAGACCUCCAGGGUAGCACCCAGUUGGCUCAGGAAGAUCUCGAAGGUUCCACCUGGGCCACCGCUGUUGCUCUGGCGUGGCUGGAGCAUCGGUGUGCCGGCUACUUCAUGGAGUGGGAGCUGGUGGCAGCAAAAGCAGAUUUCUGGCUGCGCUGUCAGAAGCUGCCAGAGGGAGUGGACCUUGCAGGGCUAAGAGGAGCAGCCAGACAGCUGUUUCUGCUGCUGCGCCACUGGGAUGAAAACAUCAAGCUUAACAUGCUGUGUUAUAACCCCAAUAAUAUGUGAGACAGUCAGUUCAGAGGUACAAAAACAAAUCUACAGUCAUGUGGAAGCAUUCGGACACCCCAACUACUUUGUUUUUAUUUUGGUUUUAGGAAAUAUUCACAUGUUGAUUUGUAAUUAGCAAGACAUUUUGAUGAAACAAAGUAUUUGUAAGUAAACAAAAGUGAAAAUUGUUUUCCUCAUUAAAGACAGGAAAUAAAUUAGCAAAAAGUUAGAAUACUCCACCCACUGAAAGCUAGUCUUUGCCCCUUUGACUGAAAUGACUUCAGUAACUGCUUGUAUCCCCCUGACCAUCUCUGACAUUGCUCUGAGGAAAGUUUGUCGCACUCCUCACAUUCAGCUGAAAGAUGUUUGAGGGCUUUCAAGGCAUUCCAUAAUGUCUCACAAAAAUCCGAUCUGGGCUUUGACUUUCCAUUUCUUAAUGGUCCUUGGUGAAUUCACUGUUGAUUUGGGGAGCACUGUCAUUCUGUAAGGACCAAUUCUGCUUCGUCUUUACUUCUUUUUUAUUUUAAGUCUUGCAUCCUCUGAUACAUGGUGGAAUAAAGGUGGAUUAUGUAAGGGUGAGCUGUCAAAUAAUGACACUUCCACCUCUGUGCUUCACAGUUGAUAUGAGGUUAUUUUCCCAAAAUGCUGUGUUUGAUUUAUGCCAAUCAUAUCCUCUCUUCUGAUGCCCAAAUACAUUUCAUGUAGACUCAGCUGUCCAAAGAACAUUAUUCCAGAAGCCCUGAUGUUUGUCUGCAUUCUCCAUUACCAAAUUAAGGCUUCUGGCUUUCUGUUUUUCUUAAGAGAGCAAAGGACCCUUGCUUUCUCUUUUAACAACUCGUGUGAGUAAAACUUGUGCAGUCUAAACUUCAGCAGACGGGAUCACACCAAACAUAAAUGACUGAGAUUUAAACUGGGCAAAUCGCCUCGAAAACGUUGUUCCAGUCAUUUGCACUUGACAAAAAGGAAUAAAUGUGAGGCAAUCCUAAUUCAUUCCUAAUCAGAAAUAGCAUUUUUUUUUAUUUAGUAUAAAAUGUAUUUCUUUUCUCUAUUUUUUUGUUUUAUCUUAUGUAUAUUACUAGAAUUAUCUCAUAUGAAAUAUCCAAAUGUCCAAGCUCAGCAGAAAGAUAAAUAGGCUAUUGUAGGGUGUCUUACUUUUCUCACAACUGGAUAACAAAAGUUGUACUUUAUUAGCUGAUACUGUAAAUCAGUGCCAAAUCCACCCCAAUUUACAAAAGUGACCUUUUAUUAUAAAUUUGCUUUAUGCAAACACAGGAAUGCCUUGACCAUCUGAAUAAGCUUUUCGUAGUUUAAACUGUAGCUUAAAGUCUGUAUUAUGUAUACUAUGCCAAACAAAGAAUCAGUCAAUGAUUGUCAUGUUAGUUAUUAGAUAAACUGAUGAAAGUUUAGCUCACUCAAUCAACAUAAUACAACAUAAUUGAAGCUAAGCAUUUGUUGUACUGUGUACAAAAGGAAUAAAAGUUUUAAUCUGU